CAAAGUACGGAAAGUAAUUUCUCAUUCCAUCUUCUAUUACAAACUUGUUUAUGUAUUUCUCACCACUGUUCUUCUCAUGUCCCCAAUCCCAUGCAUGUCCCUCUGCCAUGUGUUCGCUUCGGAACAACGCAGGUGCCGCGAAAUUUGGUAAUUUCAGAAAUUACUAUCAAUUUAACAAACCAGAAGCGCGACUCGAAAGGCUCCCCAAUGAUUUGUCAUCCUUCUGUAUGCUGAACGAACAGCGCCAAAUUGUGGCACUGGAUAUCGGAUGCAACAGCGGUGCCCUCACGACACAGCUAUACAGAAUGCUGACAGCAUCGGGCUCUGGUUACGUUAAAGUGCUUGCCAUCGACAUUGACGAAUCGCUCAUACAGUGUGCAGAGAAGAGCAACCCUUUCCCCGACUCCAUUGAAUACAUGUGCUUGGACAUAAUGGCCGACACCAGUGGGCAAGCCAUCGCAGACUAUUUGGAUCGUUACAGUCACAAGACCUUUGACAUCACAUUUUGUUUUUCGGUAACAAUGUGGAUCCAUCUGAACCAUGGUGAUGAGGGCUUAAAGAGCUUCUUGGUGUCUGUCUGUGCAAACACAAGGUACCUUUUGCUGGAGGCACAGCUCUGGAAGUGCUACAGAAGUGCCUCUCGUCGAAUGAGAAGGGCUAGUUGCGAUGAGUUUCAGCAUCUGGACACACUGAGAAUGAAUAUCAAUGUGGAGGAGAACAUCCACAGCUUUUUGCUAGGCAGGUGUUGUAUGGAGCUUGUGCAGUGUUUUGGGCAGACACAGUGGGACAGGAAAGUGACUCUUUAUAGGAAGCUAUGAUUCAGGUAACAUUUUGUCAUAGAGUGGUACUAUGUACAUAUUUGCUAAAGCGACAUUUGGUGGUGAAGAUUGAUGGUUUUGUCUGUCACCGCCACGCUCCACAUCUUCGAUAUUAAAUUAUAAUAAAAUAUAAUAAAAUAUCCAUGUAGUGCCAGAAA